CUACAGGCCCCAUCGGUCGAUAGAAAACGGGCGGUGAUUGGUAAGGGGGUGGGCUCUGCUUCCCGGCGGGGUCCUGCGGAGUUGGCGGAGGCUCCUCAGGGGACUAGGGGGACCGAUCUGCGUAGAAGCGGGUGGCGGGGAAGAGGGGAGGAGAUCUCUGAGUGGGAAGCGAAGCUGGGGACCUGAGACCCGUCGCGUCAGAGCCAGGCAAGUGAACCGGAGCAAACGACUUCCGAUCCAGUCUGCGCUGCCGCGGCUCCCGUUUGGGAUUUGAUUUGCAGCAUCUUCGAGCCUGUGCAACAAAAAACCGCGAAGCACGCCCAGCCCUCCCCCGGCACCCUUUUACGCACCCACUCCCUCCCGGGGACACAGCUGGGCGCGUCCACACCCCCGCACCCCCCACACCAUGUUGUGCGGAAGGACUUCCACUCCCUGCCUGUGUCGUUGAUGUCAGACCCCAGGCCAACCUCCGGGCGCUGCAGUUCUCCCGGCUAAUGCUGAGGCUGCGGCUCCGGCUCUAGCACAGGAACCAGCCGCCGCCGCGCCCGGCCCCAGCGCCCACCGUCUGCAUGUGCCCGCCGUAGCCUUCUGCCCAGCCCGCAGCCCGCGCUCCCCGGAGCGCUGGAGACCACCGCGGGGGGCCCCUUCUGCCCUUGGGAGAAGCGGUCUUGGAGGUAUUGAUUUCGGUGGUUGGAUUUUUCCCGUGGAUCUAUCAAUUCACAAUUUGAAUUUGGAAGAAAGAAGGAAAACAUGACGUCUCCGGCCAAAUUCAAAAAGGAUAAGGAGAUCAUAGCAGAGUACGAUACUCAGGUCAAAGAGAUCCGCACUCAGCUCACAGAGCAGAUGAAAUGCCUGGACCAGCAGUGUGAGCUCCGGGUACAGCUGCUGCAGGACCUCCAGGACUUCUUCCGGAAGAAGGCUGAGAUCGAGAUGGACUACUCUCGCAACCUGGAGAAGCUGGCCGAGCGCUUCCUGGCCAAGACGCGCAGCACCAAGGACCAGCAGUUCAAGAAGGAUCAGAAUGUUCUCUCCCCAGUCAACUGCUGGAAUCUCCUAUUAAACCAGGUGAAGCGGGAGAGCAGGGACCACACCACCCUGAGUGACAUCUACCUGAAUAAUAUCAUUCCUCGAUUUGUCCAAGUCAGCGAGGACUCAGGAAGACUCUUUAAAAAGAGUAAAGAAGUCGGCCAGCAGCUCCAAGAUGAUUUGAUGAAGGUCCUGAAUGAGCUCUACUCGGUCAUGAAGACAUAUCACAUGUACAAUGCCGACAGCAUCAGUGCUCAGAGCAAACUAAAGGAGGCAGAGAAGCAGGAGGAGAAGCAAAUUGGAAAAUCGGUAAAGCAGGAAGACCGGCAGACCCCACGCUCCCCUGACUCCUCAUCCAACGUCCGCAUCGAGGAGAAGCAUGUCCGGAGGAGCUCGGUGAAGAAGAUUGAGAAAAUGAAGGAGAAGCGCCAAGCCAAGUAUACAGAAAAUAAGUUGAAGGCCAUUAAAGCCCGGAAUGAAUACUUGCUGGCUCUGGAGGCAACCAAUGCAUCUGUCUUCAAGUACUAUAUCCACGACCUGUCUGACCUUAUUGAUCAGUGUUGUGAUUUAGGCUACCACGCUAGCCUGAACCGGGCGCUACGCACCUUCCUCUCUGCUGAGCUGAAUCUGGAGCAGUCCAAGCACGAGGGUUUGGAUGCCAUCGAGAAUGCCGUAGAAAACCUGGAUGCCACCAGUGACAAGCAGCGCCUCAUGGAGAUGUACAACAAUGUCUUCUGCCCACCUAUGAAGUUUGAGUUCCAGCCCCACAUGGGGGACAUGGCUUCCCAGCUCUGUGCCCAGCAGCCUGUCCAGAGCGAGCUGGUACAGAGAUGCCAGCAACUGCAGUCUCGUCUGUCCACCCUGAAGAUUGAGAACGAAGAGGUAAAGAAGACAAUGGAGGCCACUCUGCAGACCAUCCAGGACAUUGUGACCGUCGAGGAUUUUGAUGUGUCUGACUGCUUCCAGUACAGCAACUCUAUGGAAUCCGUCAAGUCCACGGUCUCAGAAACCUUCAUGAGCAAGCCCAGCAUCGCUAAAAGGAGAGCCAACCAGCAAGAGACCGAGCAGUUCUAUUUCACGAAAAUGAAGGAGUACCUGGAGGGCAGGAACCUCAUCACCAAGCUCCAAGCCAAGCACGACCUUCUCCAGAAAACCCUGGGAGAAAGUCAGCGGACAGACUGCAGUCUGGCCAGGCGUAGCUCAACCGUGAGGAAGCAGGAUUCCAGCCAGGCAAUUCCUCUGGUGGUAGAGAGCUGUAUCCGGUUUAUCAGCAGACACGGACUACAGCAUGAAGGAAUCUUCCGGGUGUCGGGAUCCCAGGUGGAAGUGAAUGACAUCAAAAACGCCUUUGAGAGAGGAGAGGACCCCCUGGCUGGGGACCAGAAUGACCAUGACAUGGACUCCAUUGCUGGCGUCCUGAAGCUUUACUUCCGGGGGCUGGAACACCCUCUCUUCCCCAAGGACAUCUUCCAUGACCUGAUGGCCUGCGUCACUAUGGACAGCCUGCAGGAGAGAGCUCUGCACAUCCGGAAAGUCCUCCUGGUCCUGCCCAAAACCACUCUGAUUAUUAUGAGAUACCUCUUUGCCUUCCUCAAUCAUUUAUCACAGUUCAGUGAAGAGAACAUGAUGGACCCCUACAACCUCGCCAUCUGCUUCGGGCCCUCGCUGAUGUCAGUGCCUGAGGGCCACGACCAGGUGUCCUGCCAAGCCCACGUGAAUGAGCUGAUCAAAACCACCAUCAUCCAGCAUGAGAACAUCUUCCCAACCCCCAGGGAGCUGGAGGGCCCCGUCUACAGCAGAGGAGGAAGCACAGAGGACUACUGUGACAGCCCUCACGGAGAGACUACCUCGGCUGAGGACUCAACCCAGGAUGUGACCGCAGAGCACCACACGAGCGAUGACGAGUGUGAGCCCAUCGAGGCCAUUGCCAAGUUUGACUACGUGGGCCGGACAGCCCGAGAGCUGUCCUUCAAGAAGGGGGCAUCCCUGCUGCUUUACCAGCGGGCCUCCGAUGACUGGUGGGAAGGCCGGCACAAUGGCAUCGACGGACUCAUCCCCCAUCAGUACAUCGUGGUCCAAGACACCGAGGACGGUGUCGUGGAGAGGUCCAGCCCCAAGUCUGAGAUUGAGGUCAUUUCUGAGCCACCUGAAGAAAAGGUGACAGCCAGAGCGGGGGCCAGCUGUCCCAGUGGGGGUCAUGUAGCCGAUAUUUAUCUUGCAAACAUCAACAACACCUUACAUCUCGAGAACUCAAAGCCCACGACCUCCAAGCAAAGGAAGCGGCCGGAAUCUGGGAGCAUCCGGAAAACAUUUCGGAGCGACAGCCACGGGCUGAGCAGUUCCCUGACUGACUCUGCCUCCCCGGGGGUGGGGGCUGGCUGCCGCCCAUCUUCCCAGCCCAUCAUGAGCCAGAGUCUCCCCAAGGAAGGGCCAGAUAAGUGUUCCAUCAGUGGGCAUGGGAGCCUCAACUCCAUCAGCCGCCACUCGUCCCUGAAGAAUCGGCUGGACAGUCCACAGAUCCGGAAAACGGUGACGGCAGGAAGGUCAAAGAGCUUCAAUAACCAUCGGCCUGUGGACCCUGAGGUCAUUGCACAGGAUAUUGAGGCAACUAUGAACUCUGCCCUGAAUGAGCUGCGGGAGCUAGAGCGGCAGAGCAGUGUCAAGCACACCCCCGAUGUGGUUCUGGACACCUUGGAGCCCCUCAAAACCUCCCCAGUGGUGGCCCCCACAUCGGAGCCCUCCAGUCCCCUGCACACCCAGCUCCUCAAGGACCCCGAGCCCACCUUCCAGCGCAGUGCCAGUACUGCUGGGGACAUCGCCUGCGCCUUCCGGCCCGUCAAGUCCAUCAAGAUGGCCGCCCCAGUCAAGCCGCCAGCCACGCGACCCAAGCCCACUGUCUUCCCCAAAACAAAUGCCACUAGCCCUGGUGUCAACUCAUCAUCUUCCUCACAGUCCACUGACAAGUCUUGUACUGUCUGAGGGAUGUAAUUUAAUUGUUCUAGACAAAGGGACUGGAGGGACUAUUAUUAAAAAUCUUCCUAUUUAACUAGCUUGGGGACUUCAGUUGAAAAUUAGAUUCUAAGUUGUUCUUGCAGGAAUUAGCCUUCCCGUCACCCAAAACCUUGAGAAUGAAGCCCUCGUUACCACCCCGCCCUGCCCUUCCCACCGCCCUCUGCUUCCCCCCGUUGUCGUAAUCCAGCCAGCUGCAGUACAUACUGUUCUUAGGUUAGCCAGAGUUAGAGUUUUCCAUUAUCAGGUCACUGUGAAAUCUGGCAAGGCGAGUCAUGAGGACACGGGCUCAAGUCUCUGUCCCCUUAGACACAGGGGAUGCCUGACCAGAUGGUUGGCUACCGACAGCCAGCACUCAGUGGCAUCUUGUUUUGGGUACUGAUUAUAGAGAACCAUAUAUAGUCCAUUCUUCGUUUUACACACACGCACGCACACACACACACACACACACACCACAACACACGUUUUUCUAGUCUCUGGCAUGUGUAGCCUCUCCUGGUCUAGACCAGUCUCUUUGUAAGUUAUUGUGGCAGUUCACACAACAGCCACCAGGGGUCUCUGUUUCCGUUACAAAUCUUGUUCUGUCUGGGCCAGAGAACCUAGCCUUUGAAAUCUCUCCAUCAUAAAAAACUGAGCAGGAUGAGACCCGAUCCUGUAAUCUGUUUGGGGUUGGGGCUUUCUCUCUGUCUUCUCUCUAUUGGUGUGAAUUGGUCAUUGGUGUUUGCUUUUGCUCUCCUCCAUCCUCUAGAAAUACAGCCCAAUCUUUUUAUAGAACUUCUAAAGUUUUUCUGAAUGUAUAGACAUUUCUCAAGUUCCUGUCUUUGUCUCUGAUGGGCCAUUUUCCAUUUAAGACAUUUUCCUGUAUAAUACAGUUUUAUAGCUGAUAUCUUUUAGGGUAAAGAGUCUUUUGAGAGAGUUUAUUGUGUUUAAGGCAGGUUUGGAAAAGGUGAGAAAUGGGCCCUUCUUCCUCACACUUAUUUUGGACACUUAAGACAAAAUUCAUGAUCCUAUUCAAAAAUUAAAAUCAGCUUUGCUAGCCCCCAAAUUGUUCCCGAACGAAAACAUAUCCUACGUUCACCUCCCCCUCACCCCGCCCCCCAGUUUGGUUAUUCUACAAGAUCUCUCUUCAGGGACCAACAAGGGCUUGGAGAGCCCUGGUUAGAUUAAAGAGAGACAUUACUCCUUAAAACCUGUUUUCUUUUAUCCAAAUAAAGACAACUAAGAGAGCUUUGGCCCCGUGGGCUCUGAGGUCUUCCCGAGGCUGGAAUCUAACAAAAUAGAUAAUUGGAUGCUGAGUAUGUUCGCCUUCCUUUGGCCUUUCUUCUGGUUCUUCUCCAAAAAGUAGAAAUGAUAUCUAUCCUUGCAUACUUUAAUCUGGUCUCCAAACCUGGUGCCCCCGGUUCCGGCCCCCCUAGCUUCACGCUCUCCUAGCGGUACCAGGGCUGAGGACAGUCACACCCAGGUUCAUGAGUCUCAGACAGAUACUUGAGCUAAAGCUAAAGCUCAUUCCUCUUCUCUGUUUUCUGCUUUUAAAGCCACACUUUUAGCCUUAUUUUCUAUAGGUCAGGAGAGGUGGUGGGUUGCCACUCAGAUGGGAAAAUCCGAGUUUCCUUAUGUUUAGCCUAGAAGAUUCUUUUUGGACCAACAUUUUGAAGUUGGCAGUUGGUGGUGCAGGAAGUGGUAGGAUUUUCCUCCUUCUGUGUGAAAGGAGAGCUUUGUGGGAAAUCGCUAAUUAUUGGAGAGAUAACCUGCAACCCCAGGAAAACUAUCCCAAGAGCUAGAAAGGAGAAAUGAAGAGCUCCUUGAGUAAAGCGAGUCAGUCUGUGAGAGGUGACCCACGGUCCUCUGCAUUCUUGGGUUUCGUUGCUGGGUUUCGUGGCCUGUCCUCGCCUGUCACCUGGACUCACGCAGGUCUUAAGCCAACAGGGGCUUUCAUAAAAACCAAGGAUCUGUUUCCUUGAUGAGCAUGGAACCCCCACCCUUCACUUUACAUUCCUUUUUGAUCCAACUGAUCAGAAUCGGUACCCAUACCUGCCCUUUACCCCCUCCCUCCAGCGCACUCCUAUCUGAGAAAGGAAAAGCGAAGCUUUCUUAAUGACAAAGCUUUGGGCCUAUUCUGUUGUUCCUGCCUGAUUUCUCUUGCAGCCCUCGGACAUGACUUGUGUCCACCAUCCCCUUGGUCAGUGUCCAUCUGCUGAUCUGCAUCAUGAACUGGACGGUGUGUGAGUGGCCACCUACGACCCCCAGCUCUGGGAGCCAAGUUGUCCUCCCCUCUCUGGUGCUCCUGACACCUGUGAGAUGGACCUGUCCAGGGGACUAGGAACCCACAGAAGGAGCGUCCUCGGCAGAGCUCCUUGCGAUCAACUGGAAUUGAGGUUGUACACUGUGAUGUUUACACCGAGAAGCCAAAAGGAGCUGGCCAUCCAGGGCCUAGGGAGACCAGUCUUCCUCCGAUCUGCUUGCCUAAACCAGCAUGAUGCUUCAGAGAGCCCCACUCUGCCCCUUGAGGCAUGGAUCCUUCUCUUGGUGUGGACUCUGAUGGGUCAGUCUUUGGGGAACAGAGGUGGGGUGGGGCCACCGGCAUCCCAAUUUGGAAAAGAGAGGAGUUUGCCGCCAGCAGCCUGGAAACUGGAAACACUGGUCUCAGCCAACCUCCUCAGGGCGCCCUGGUUUCUCCCCAAGGAGACGAGGAGAGAUGAAGCCAGCAACAGGACGAACAGACCACUGGAAGGGCCAGCGUGUGUGUACUUCACGUGCAUAAGGGAAGCUUAGAUCUUCCAGGGAAUUGCAAUGUUGUGGCGUCUGACUUGUAUGUCACGUUUGUGUAAGAUGGCAUAUUCUUUACAAUAGUGUUGAUAACUGGAAUAUUGUAUGUAUGCUUGGAGAUGCUUUGUGUGAACCUGAGACUGUCACUCAACAGAUGUUGGAUUGGGGAAAAUCCAAAGCACAACUUCGAAAUAAAACACGUUUUUAGGUUU